AUGAGAGCGGUUAUAUUGCUUAGUCUGCUCGUUGCAUUUAUUUCGACUAUUAAUUGUCAGUGGUCUACUGUUCAACAAACACAACGUGGAUUACCUGUUCAACAGAUUUCACUUGUUAAAACAAUAGGUUUUACACCAAAUACUUUGAAUAAUCGAUUUAUACUUCAAAAUGAUAUUAGUCGAUCUCGCAUACCAUUUCCACAAUGUAUUUCAAGUGAACAAUCACAAGUCUUAUUAAAUCCAUCAACAUUACAAAAAUUACUCCAUCAAAAACUUCAAGAAGAAGAACGAAAAUUAAAACAAGAACGUGUUCGUAAUGAUGGUUUAAAAAAUAAUGAUAUUAUGGAUUUUGAUGCAAUUCAAUUACGUGCUGAUGCACUCAAUGGUGCCUUAGUUGCUCGUGCUGCAACAAAAGUAUCCGCAGAAAUUAUGUCACAACUCGGAUGUGAAACAAAUUCAACACUUACAGAACGCAUUGAUCGCUUUUUACGACGAGUUCGCUUACCACCAAGUCUAUGUGCAUUUAAUACAAAUCCAGACUGUAGCGGUUUCACACGUUUCCGAACAAUAACUGGUGUAUGUAACAAUCUUGAACGUCCAUAUGAAGGAAGUUCACAAACAGCUUAUACACGUUUAUUACCAGCAGCUUAUGAUGAUGGAAUCAGUAAACCACGCUCACGAUCAGUCUUAGGUGGUCCAUUACCAGCAUGCCGUCAAAUAAGUGUAACUAUGAGUUCAAAACCUGUAUUCGAUACAUCAUUCAAUAAUCUUUUUGUUGGUUAUGGUCAAUUUCUUGUUCAUGAUAUAUCAUUAGCAACACCAGUUACUGACUCUGGUCGUACACCAGUUUCAUCAUGCAGUUGUAGUUCACAAGACCACGAUAUGUGUACCAUUAUGGAAAUUUCUUCAAAUGAUCCAUUUAUGGCUGGACAAAAAUGUAUGACUAUGCCAGCAACAGCUCAAGCUUUUACCGAUCAACAAUGUACACUUGGUGUUAAAGAUCAAAUGAAUGGAAAUUCUCAUUAUAUUGAUUUAUCAGUUACAUAUGGUAGUACUAAAAAAACAGCUGUAGGUUUACGUGCUGGUCGCGAUGGUUUCUUAAAAACAGCCAAAAAAUCAUGGUCCAAAUUUGAAAUACCACCAGGUCAACGUGAAGGAAAAUCAUGUACAGAUUCAACUGAAACACAAAAAUGCUUUGCUGGUGGUGAUUCACGUUUAAUGGAAAAUGUACUUUUAUCUGGUAUUCAAGCUCAAUGGUUACGUAUACACAAUUUAUUUGCAAAAAAAAUGGCUGAAAUACAUCCAGAAUGGAAAAAUAAUGAUGAUGUUUUAUAUGACGAAACAAAAAAAAUUUCAUCAGCACUUCAUCAACGUUAUACAUAUGAUUUCUGGUUACCAAUCCUCAUUGGUAAACAAGCAACACAACAAUAUACUGGAGAUAGCGGUUUAUUUAGUCGAUAUGAUCCAAACGUUCGUGGUGUUGUAAUCAAUGAAGCUGUUACAGCUGCAUUACGUUUACAUACACUUGUUCGUGAUUUAUAUACACGUUGUACACCUCAAGCUAAAUUAAUUGAUCAAGUUUGGUUACAUGAUAUUCUUGCUAAAUCCAAAUUAGCUUAUGAUGGUGCAAAUAAUGGUGUUGAUUCACUUUUAUGUGGAGCCUUAUAUGAUUAUGGUUUUGCUGGUGAUGCAAAUUUUGGUCAAGAUAUUCAUCAUCGUUUAUUUGAAACAACAACUAAAACUGGUGAAGUAAAACGUCACGAUAUUGUUGCAAUUAAUAUUUGUCGUGCUCGUGAACAUGGUAUUCCGGGUUAUAAUGCUUUCCGAGAACUUUGCGGUCUUAGACGUGCUUCACGAUUUGAAGACUUUGCUGACACAAUGGGUCCAGCAAAUGCUGCAAAAUUACAAUCAAUUUACGAUCAUCCUGAAGAUGUUGAUCUUUUCAUUGGUAUGAAUCAUGAAAAUCAUGUACCAGGCGGUUUAGUUGGUCCAGUUUCUGCAUGUAUUAUUGGUACACAAUUCCGAAAUCUUAAAUAUGGUGAUCGUCUUUUCUAUAAACAUGAAGGUCAAUUUACACCAGAACAAUUAACUGCUAUAAAUAAAUAUACAUACAACUGUUUUAUUUGCCAUUCAACUGAUAUUGAAAAAGUAGCUUUGAAUCCAUUUAAACCACCAAAUGAUCAAACUAAUCCAUUAGGAUUAUGUAGUGAAUGUCCUGCUUUCGACUUUAACUCAUGGCGUUAA